AUCAUAUCAAACCUAGCUGCCAUACCGCUAUUGCCAAAAAAAAACUUUAUCGCAACAACACCUCGAGGCCACCUUCCCCCCCAUACAAACCGUGUUUUAAGAUGUCUUCGGCCUUCGUCGAUUCGGAUCUUGACCCGCUCGAACCCACUCUCCAAUCCAUUCUGGACCAGAAGAGCCUGCGAUGGAUUUUUGUCGGCGGGAAGGGUGGAGUCGGAAAGACUACUACCUCCUGCUCCCUAGCCAUCCAGCUCGCCAAAGUCCGCGAGAGUGUUCUGCUGAUAUCCACGGAUCCUGCACACAACUUGAGCGAUGCCUUUAAUCAGAAGUUUGGCAAGGAAGCGAGGAAGGUUGAGGGGUUCGAUAAUUUGAGUGCCAUGGAGAUUGACCCGAACGGCAGCAUGCAGGAGUUGAUCGAGGGAGGUGAGCUCGGCAUACCUCUUCUGUAAUAGCGAUGAAAACCAUUUUGCUCUCGGUUGCCUGACGUUUUCUCUAGCUGAGGGCUCGCAGAAUCCAUUGGGGAACAUGAUGCAGGAUCUUGCAUUUACUGUAUGUUGUCAUCUUCUGCUUUCAACGAAAGCUUGUCGGUUUUGACGGGUUGCUUUUAGAUCCCUGGAGUAGAUGAAGCCAUGUCCUUCGCCGAAGUUCUAAAGCAGGUCAAGUCCCUCUCGUACUCGACUAUCGUGUUCGAUACCGCUCCUACCGGCCAUACCCUGCGCUUCCUCCAAUUCCCCGCGGUGCUGGAGAAGGCUUUAUCAAAGAUCUCUCAAUUGAGCGGGAAGUUCGGGCCAAUGCUUAACGGUAUUCUGGGAGCUCAGGGUGGGCCGGGCGGCGUCGACGAGAUGAUGCAGAAAAUGGAGGGCAUGCGAGAGGUCAUUGGUGAAGUUUCCAAGCAGUUCAAAGACCCUGACCUGACUACGUGAGUGAACCCCCUUCUGUCGUUAGUAGAGGCUCAGUGAUGCCAGCUUGGUUUACAUGAGAUGAGGUCUGACCUUGAUAAAUAGCUUCAUCUGUGUUUGUAUUCCAGAGUUCCUUUCCCUCUAUGAGACGGAGCGCAUGAUCCAAGAACUCAACAACUACCAGAUUGACACUCAUAGCAUCGUUGUCAAUCAGCUCCUCUUCCCUCAGAAGGGCUCUACCUGUGAGCAGUGCACCGCUAGGCGAAGAAUGCAAAAGAAAUAUCUCGAGCAGAUUGAAGAACUCUAUGAGGAUUUCAAUGUUGUCAAGUGCCCGUUGCUUGUAGAGGAGAUUAGGGGAAGCGAUAAGCUAAGAAAUUUUUCGGGGAUGUUGGUUAAACCCUAUGAGCCUCCAGCGGAAGAUUAAGAAACCCGUUAUUAGCUCAACAGGGGGGGGGGGAUGGAUGCCGUAUAAAUCAUGUCGUUUUUCCGGGAGUUUGUCUGGUGUCAGAAUACCUCGCCGGUCCAUAGAUGAAGAGGACGGUGUGUAGAUCCUAGUGGUCUUGUUUGCCGAUGCCGAAUAAAUAGUUUGCUUUACCGCUAUUACUCUUGUUAUCUUAAUCACUCUGCAUGGCGGAACCCCGUGGGAGAUCCCAUCUUAGUUGUUCAGGUAUACCGGAAAAGUUCUAAUUGCCGAGGCGCAUGCGGACAUUGGGCAUUUGUUUAUUAGAGAAACAACUCAGGUUGUAUGCCACU